AUGCGGACCCCAUCAGCUGUUCAGAAGAUAAAACAGCUUCUUAAAGAUAAACCUGAGCAUGUAGGCGUGAAAGUAGGUGUACGUACAAGAGGAUGCAAUGGACUUUCUUACACGCUAGAAUACACAAAAUCGAAAGGAGACUCUGAUGAAGAAGUAGUUCAAGAUGGGGUUAGAGUGUUUAUUGAGAAGAAGGCACAGCUGACACUUCUAGGAACUGAAAUGGACUAUGUAGAAGACAAACUGUCCAGUGAAUUUAUCUUCAAUAAUCCAAACAUCAAAGGAACAUGUGGCUGUGGAGAAAGCUUUAACAUCUGAAAUCUCAGGACGACUACUUUGACUUAGAACAGCCCAUAACACUUACUAUUAUGGCUCUCAGAAGCAAAUGUGUUUUCUUCAGGUUCAUAGGCUGCAUAUAGUAUGGAUAACAUUAAGAAAAAUAAAGUUUAAAAAUUUCAAAAUGUAAAUUUUGUGUUAAAUUUCACCACUGAUGUAGUUAUGCUGUUAUUUGUGAUGAGUUGGGAUCCAAAAGGUAAGAACAGUAAGUGCUGUAGUAAGACCUCUGUACUUUCACAUGCCAGUGAAAUAAAACCUCACUGUUCUUUACCUUUUCUCAUAUUUUUCGUCCUCUCUACUUGCACUUCCCCAUCCAAAACCCAUUUGAAAGAAUAUAUUGCCUGUGUGUUUUGCUAUUGGGAGGGGCGGGGAUGACACACCAAAAAAAACCCCUCCAACCAUUUGUAUGUGUUUGUUUAUAAAGACUUAUAUACACAGGUUCACAGCCCUCAGCUUCAGAGUUCACCAUGAUUAUGUGGAUAUUUGCUUUGCUUUUUGUAGAUUUCUGAUGCUUUAUUUUUUUUUUUACAUGUGGGUUUUCUGGUGGUUUAUUUUCCCAGAAAUAUGGGGAAGUCCAAAAAGAGGUUCAUGUAUUUCAUGUAUUUAUAAUGGUGGGCUACUAUAGCAUUGUUUGUAGAAAUACUUCAAACUGGGCUAACCCAAUUUUAAUUCUAUUCCUUUCCUUGUUAAAAGCACAGUCUGCUUAAAGUAAUUUUCAAGAACACAAAAUAUAUUCAGGCGCUAAAGUACUAAAGCAGGGUACACACAGGUCUUGUUUCUCACAUUUCUGUAAUUUAUCUUUCUUUUUGUAAAUUGCAAAGUUGGUAAAACUGCCUUCAGAUUCUGAUUUGCCAUGUUCACAGAAUGUGCUGUCUGCAUCAAAAGCUAUGAACAGUUUUUGAGAGAGGAAUCUUGCACUUCUCAUUACUUUUUUUCGUAGUCAUGUCUGCUACUAAUUUUGUACAGCUUGAACUCUGUUUUGUAACUCUGUAGAUGUUAGGGUUCUUUGCCAAAGUUUCUGGUAACUUCUGUUGAACUCCUGUCUUGAAGUUAACUUGGUAACAAGAGAAAAAGCAUUUAUAAUUAAAAAUAAUCCUAGUAUUUCAUAAUUGCUUUAAAUGAAUCUAGACUGUAAUGAAAAUACUAUGUUUAUAGGAGGCUUUUUUUUUUUUUUUAAGAAUUUAAACUUUCUUCUAGUCAGAAUUUUGGUUUUGUAAACCAGUGUUCUUCAGGCCUAUAAAGUCUUCAGCACUUCUUCACUGGUGUUCUGACAGAAGUGUAAAUGUCUCUCUAGGCCUCCCUAAAAGCUGGUAUGAAAGAAGUACUGUUACAUCCUUUGAUCUCCAUGCCUCCCUGGUUGCCCAAUGGUGACAUUGUGCAGCUAAAGUGCUCACUUGAGCAGACGAGAAGAUGUCUGCCUGGGCAACUGAUUGAAACAGCUGCAUUAAAGAGGG